AGCCUAUAGACAUCAUGGACAGUGUCGAGCUGACACCAGUUGACACCGAGUUUGAUUGUGCUUCAGUUGUUGAUCCCAACUCGCCGCUGGGUGGCCGAAGGUGUCAUCAAAUGUAAAUUCACACACGUGGGUUUGGUCCAAGUUAAAACCGGAGGAGAGAGUGCAAUAACGGACGACGGGACGAGAGGAUUCCAUGGGUAAUACAACGAUGUCUCUUUACCGCAACUCCGCGUGGUUUCUGAAAGGAAUGACUGAAUUCACCAGGAGUGCGUUCCUGUCUGCAGCCAAGCACUUUGUGGAAAAGGACCUGGAAGUGUCCAUGGCAGGCAGGGUCUUCAUGAUCACUGGAGCCAACAGUGGCAUAGGGAGAGCUACAGCCAUGGCCAUCGCCAAGAGAGGUGGUACAGUCCACAUGGUGUGCAGGAACAAGGACAAAGCAGAGGAGGCCAGGGCUGACAUUGUCAAGGAGUCAGGAAAUAAAGAAAUUUAUGUCCACAUUCUGGACCUAUCAGAGACACGGAAGGUUUGGGAAUUUGCAGAGGCCUUCAAGAGGAAGUACAAAGCCUUGAAUUUACUGAUAAAUAAUGCAGGCUGCAUCAUGAGUGAGAGGGAUGUGAACGCUGAGGGGCUGGAGAAGAGCUUUGCCAGUAACGUCAUGGGUGUGUAUAUCCUGACCAGGGGACUGAUUCCCUUACUGGAGAAGAGUGCAGAGCCCAGAGUGAUCACAGUUUCAUCUGGAGGGAUGCUGGUCCAGAAGCUGAGGACAGGGAACCUGCAAACAGAAAUAGGCCGCUAUGACGGGACCAUGGUCUACGCACAGCACAAGAGGCAACAGGUGGUGAUGACAGAGCAGUGGGCCCAAACCCAUAGCAACAUCCACUUCUCAGUGAUGCAUCCUGGCUGGGUGGACACACCAGCGGUGGCCAAUGCCAUGCCUGACUUCCACCAGUCUAUGAAGGACAGCCUGAGGACCCCGGAGCAGGGGGCUGAUACCGUGGUGUGGUUGGCCAUCUCAGAGGCCGCCGCCACCAAGCCCAGCGGAAGCUUCUUCCAGGAUCGGAGGAUGGUGUCUGCCCACCUGCCCCUGGCCUGGACCCACAGUUCCCAGUUGGAGCAGCAGAAGUUCAUGAGUGUGAUGGAGGAUCUGGCCAAGACCUUCCAGCCCCACUAAGACCCCCCCCCCCCACCCACCAGUACUAUAGAUACACUGGAACCAGUGUACUGUAUCACAGUAUUCUGUGACCCAGUUCAGCAAAGCUAACAGUCUACACAUACCUGUCAGGGGGGGAGGAGAGAGGAGGCAUCCUACUAGAUUUGAUUUGCACUACUUUAACAAUUUAGAUAUGUAUUGAACCAGAGCACAUUUAAUAUGUAACCUCUACAUGGCUUCAAACACUUUAUAUUUUAAGCUCAACUCCAGCACUGAGGGCUAAAACAGAACAGUGUUUGAUGGUGAUGAUGCUGAUUUAGGGUUCCCUGAAAAGGGUUCUUUACCUUGUUGCCUUUGAGCUGCUGAUAGGGAAAGCACUUUUCAGUUAUUUAUACAUUUAACCCAACAAACACAGUAUGUUGCUUUUCUACCACUUCACACAGUGACUCAAUGAAAGCUGUCAAUCAGAUGGGAAUCUGAUGUGACCAAAGUCACUUCCUUAUUCAUCCACAAAUCACAUCACAGCCUGUUGCUAUGGGCCCAGCCUAACAACACGUGGUUGGUUGGUUUACUCUGCUCGUGUUCAAACUAAUUUACCAAGUGCUUCUUUAGUAUUACAACCUUAUGAAGUUGUCUAUAAAGCUUGUGUACAUAACUGAUUAAAUGCAUGGUGUACAUUAACAAAAUGACAACAUCAGGAGGGCAAACACCAGAGGGAUACACUACAAAGCAGGAUCAGAGUUAGCCAGCUAACUUUGAUUAACAACCAGAAAUAACUAUUGAAACCUAAACUUUGAUAUGUGUUUUUGGUUGAGUCAAUUAGACCAUGCCAAUUUCAUGCUUAUCUUAUAAAAACACAAGUUAUUUCAGAAUAUUUUGGCAAGUUAGCUGGCUAAAUCAUUGAUCUUGCUUUGUAGUAUAAGCCUUUGGGUGGUUAUACUGAGCCCAGGCAUGAAGAGACCUCUCACUAUCAGCAGGUAGAUGGGCCUUUUACCUAUUCACACCCAAGAGGUAAGGAAGGAACCACAGCAUUACCUGACAUGUCCAAUACAGCUAAGGUAUAUUUAUUUAAUACUAUUGAUGUUUAAGGGGCACUUAAACAAUUUGAGGAAGUGAUAAGAUAAAUAUAUGCUUAAAGAUAAGGCGAUAAUGUAGGCAGUCAUGUAUUUUCUGAUAUCAUCCUUGAAUAAAAUAAAAUUCCCUUAUGUCU